UCCAACUUAGUUAAUUAGUGCUGAUGAAGAGUCUUACGACCUUCAAGCAACUAACCCUAUCACAAAUUACCGUGCACGAAGGGAAGCUUGACUAAUGAAAGCCUCACGCACAGCCAUAACACGCGCAUUAAUCUCUUUUAUAUCCAUUCGGUUGGAACUAACACUUUUAUACUAGUUACCAUGACAACUAGAUGAAUCCUCAUCAACAACAGAUGCUUGUUUGUUUCGCCGCUUGAUAACUGGGGCACAGUAGCUGCAAUGCAACACUGGCGCGCAUCUGUGUUGGCAAAAUUGAUCACAAAUCACUUUGAGAAUCUUCUAAAUCUCUCUCUGCCAGUUAUAUGCACGUUUGUACCUACAAUCUGUCCGAUUCUGCAUUAUUCAACUUCAGCAAGUUCGUUGUAAAGACCUGUUUUGACACUGACUUUGAAUGGAAUCUGCGUCCAUUGAAAAAAAGGGAAUUUCAUUCGGUCAUUUUGACUUUGUAUUAGGUAUGGGUGUCUAAACAAGUGCAAAAACCGUCGACGAAGUUAACUAGCACUGCGUAGGUAGGAAGGUGAUCAGUUCAAAUUUCAAGAUUCAUACCACAAUAUGAGUCCAGCAGGGAUUUUUCUGAUUCUUCUCGUGAAAAGCUGCCAUGCCCAGUGUCGACAUUGGUUGACUCCCGAGUUCCACUUUGCAAGUAAUCGAAUCCUGCAGGGUCAUGUGUUUCAGACGAAGACUGUAUCUUCUGCUGUGGGCUGUGGGCGAGACUGCUCUAUGGACCAACAGUGUGCAUCAUUCAAUUACAAUGCAAGCAGCCAUCUUUGUGAGCUCAACAAUAAAACAAGACUCCAGAGCCCAUGUACCUUCGUAGAGAAGCAAGGAGUUUUCUACUUUGAAGGCAAGAAAACUUCAGCAGGUGCAGAUGGUUCUCGGGCGUUUAGCAUCGUUGGUCAGCCGGCCCAACAAAGUUCAAAUUACACCAACUGGUUUGCUGGUAAGGCAGUGGACGGCAGUAGUUCAACAACCAAGAAUUAUUGUUCGCACACCCUUGACGAACAGGCUCCGUGGUGGAGAGUCGAUCUUGGAGAGGACCACUGCAUCAGCAAAGUCCGAAUUCUGAAUCGUGCAGGCAGCACCAGCCGUCGAUUGACAGGCGCGGUUGUUCGCGCUGGUGACAACACCACUGUCACCAACAACCCGACUUGUGGUUCACCUGUCACCGCUGCCCAAGCCAAGCCAAGCGGUGGCACCAUCGAGUUUGAUUGCUGUCCGGAGUUGAGGGCGCGCUACAUCAGCGUGGAUAUCCCCAGCAAGAGCAUCUUGCAGCUUUGCGAGGUCACGGUGGAGGAAAUACCCAUUGACCACUGCCCGGGUAAGAGCAGUGGCGAAUGAGCUAGCCUUAGUCAAGUCCUACGCGCUUACCCGGACGCG